UUUUUUUUUAAAGAAUUUCAAAAGUUAUUCUCUUAAAGAUUAUAUUAGCAUUCAUCAAUCUCUUCCGACAUAAUCCCUUUAUCAUAUCUUUUAUUGCAGGAUAAUAAAAAGGCUAAAAUUAGAAAAAAACAAUAAAAAAUAGGUUCUUAAUCUUUGAUUUACAAAUCUACAUCCACAACUUUAUAAAGUCAACAUGUCACAAGGACCACCUCGACCUUACCCAUCUCAUAAUUAUCCUGCAAUUCAGAAUAAUUCAAUGCCUAGACAGCAACAGAUUAUAAAUAAUCAACAAGCUUUUGAACAUACAUUAAUUACAAGUAGUCCACCUGCAAUGACGCAUGUUCAAACAACAAAUAGUUCUGCAAGUGCAGGAAGUAAUAGCACAAACACAAAUAGCCCUAAUAAUACAAGUAGAGGUAUAACGACAACACCACUAGGCUCAACACAAGAAACACUUUAUUGUGAUAGUUGCCAAACUUUUCGUCAUAUUUCAUUCUUUCAAGAGAGGGAAUUUAAAUACAAAGUAUGUAAUUUAUGUCAUACUCGUGAAUUACAGAAAAGAAAACAUCAAUUGGAGAGAUAUGAAUUAUACGAAGAGCAUCAGAGAAAUUAUAAACAAGCUAGAUAUCAAAAUAUACAAUACAACGCUCCACAGCAACAGCAGCUGUCCCCUCAGCAACAGCUACAUUCUUCAACUUCGAUAAAUAUCAACAAUAAUGCUGGAGGCGUCUUACCUCCCCCUCCUUCUCAAUCCAUAUCUUCACCUCAAACUAAACAAUCUUCAUCAGCUACCUCUGUAAUGCCAACUAAUAAUGGCAAUGUUAAUAAUAGUAAUAACAACAAACAUAUUAAUAGAGCGCACAUGUUUACACCUCCUAUAGUGAGUCAAGCGCACAUGCACUCUCAACAAAUGAUGCAAUCUUCCAUUCCAUUACCUUUACCUAAUCAGCAAUCCCAAUCACAUCCUCAGCAACUACAAUCUCAAGAUUUACAACAGAUACCACAGCACCAAUUAAAGCAUGAACAUUUACUUCAAAGAUUGGAUAAAAGCAAUAUGAUUAAUAAUUCAAAUACUCAACGAAGCACUGUGCCAACUACUAAUGCUAGUUUAGCUUCAAGUAGUUUACCUUCAUCAGUGAGUAUAAUGGCACCUGCAAAUGCAUCUUUGGCACAAAAUCAAGCAUCGUUACCAUCAACAAUACGACAUAAAUCAUCCUCUUCUACUUCUGCGGAAAAGGCAUCACAGGAAAUAAUUAGUUUAGAAAGAUUUGUGAAGGAAUUAGAAAAAGAGACUGAAUUUGAUCGUAAACAAUAUCACCUUGAUAUUGGUCAAUUAAUUGACAAUAUGGGGGAAAAUCCUAAUUUCACUCAACUAGGCAGAAGUAUUUGUGAAAGGGUAUUAGAAGGAACAAAGUUCAACUUUAGGUAAGGUAACUUAAUUUUAUUUAUAUGCAUAUCUUUGUAACAUCUUUAAUUAGUUUGAAAGAUCGUCGACGAUCUACAAAGAGCCCAGAUACCUUAUCAACAUUAAGAUA